CGUACAUAUUUAGCAAAUUUUUACUUUUUUGAGAGUUAGAUUUACAGAAUAAUAGGAUCACCGCAUGACCACUUCUUCAACUCCAAAUAUAAUCAUUUCUCAACAAAAAAAACCACCAAAAUCUCACUUUUUCUCUCUCCCACUUUCUGUUUCCAUCUUUGAGUUUUGCUCGAAUCCAACGGUUGAUUUUAACUAAAAACAUAUUAGAUUAACAAAGACUUUUGUUUUUGUUUGUUUCUUAAGUUUUGCUUGGAAGAGUCAAUAAUGGGUUUGGAAGAUGAGAAGAAGGGAGGAGAAGCAUCAGGAGAAACAUCAGACAGAGAAAAUAGGCUAAGCAGAAUGAACAGUGAGAGCUCUUUGUCUCCGACAGAAGAGGAUGAUGAUGAUGAAGACAGGAAGCCCGAACUUGGUCCCAUGAUCGCUCUCAAAGAACAGCUUGAGAAAGACAAGGAUGAUGAAAGCUUGAAAAGAUGGAAGGAGCAACUUAUCGGCGUGGUAGAUUUUGAAGACGUCGGAGAGACACCGGAUCCUGUAGUAAAGAUACUACACUUGAAAAUUAGGUCUCCAGACAGAGAUGAGAUGGUAUUGACGAUACCUGAUGAUGGUGUGCCGAACCCGAAAAGUCCCUGGUUCACCAUAAAGGAAGGAUCUAAGUACACCCUUGUCUUCAACUUUCGUGUUACCAACAAUAUUGUUUCUGGACUUCGCUAUAACAAUACCGUUUGGAAAACCGGUGUCAAGGUGGAUAGUACGAAAGCAAUGCUUGGGACAUUUAGUCCUCAGGCUGAGCCUUACCAACAUGUGAUGCCUGAAGAAACCACACCUUCUGGCAUAUUCGCUAGAGGAUCCUAUUCUGCAAGGACGAAGUUCAUUGAUGACGAUAAUAAGUGCUAUUUGGAGAUCAACUACACCUUCGACAUCCGCAAGAAUUGGCAAUGAUCUAUCGAAUUCAACAUUUUCUUAAGUCUAAAACUAUAUAGACAAAGCUCUUCUGACAACAUUCAUUUUUAUCUUCCA